AUGGUACCCCCACCCAUCACAGCUUCCUCCUCCUCCUCAGCCUUGGACGUUUUGCCUUCGAGACUACGCCGUACCACUGGGGACCCUAAGCUGCCUGCUGGUCUUCUGAGAACUAGACCAGCCCAGCUGCUAAAGGCCAUAAAGGAAGAGCAGGGCUGCCCUCCAGGGAAGGAGGUCCAUGAAGUGGAUGAAAUGCUGGUCUUCUACUCGGAGACAGAGCUGCAGGCUUGUGUGCAUGGCCCCCUGCUGGCCUCACAGCUGGACCGGGUGGACGCCAUCCCUUUCACCUAUGAACAGCUAGCUGUUCUUAAGAUCAAGCUGGACAAGACCUAUCCACAGGGCUACCCUGAGGACGUGGUCCAGAGACUGGGCUCCCUAUUCCUGAUGGUCACUCCGGAUGACAUCAACAAGUGGGAUGUGAAGUCCUCCGAGACACUGAAAGCCCUGCUCCGAGUCAGCAGAGGGCAAAGUGGGCGUGCUCAGGUGGCUGCCCUCAUAACCCGCUAUGCAGCGGGAGGGGCCCAGAUCAACGAGGGCACCCUAGCCAUGGUGGCCACCCUCAGCCCAGCCUCCCUCUGCCUGUUCAGCCCAGAGCAGCUUCGCCUCUUGCAACCCCACAUCCUUUGGGAGGUUGAGUCUGGGGCCCUGGAGGACUGUCCACUGUUACAGAUGAAGGUCCUCUACAGCAAAGCCUACGUCGCCUUCCAGAACAUCACUGGGCCCAGCUACUUUGGGAGGAUCCGACCCUACCUGGGAGGGGUCACCACGGAGCACCUUCGUUCCCUCAGCCGGCGGAACAUCAGCAUGGACAUCACCACCUUCAAGGAGCUGAGGAAAGAGUCUGUGCAGCCCUUGACGGUGGCUGAGGUUAAGGCGCUGCUGGGGCCACACGUGGUGGACCUGAAGGCGGAGGAGCGGAACAGCCCCGUGUGGGACUGGAUUGUUGGGCAGCGGCAAGAAGACCUGGACUCGCUGGGCCUGGGACUUCAGGGUGGCAUCCCUAAUGGCUACCUGCUGGUGGCCCUGGGUGCCCAAGGUGGGCGUGGCUAG